AUCAGUUUAUUUCUGUGUUUUUACUUAAAUAAACGUUCGUUAUAAUUAUGGAGCUAAAAUUGAUAAUAAUUUUAACGGUUUCGAUAAAUUUAUCAUUGUGUAAUAGAGUAAUAGAGUCAAUAUUUGUACGUUAUGGUUUAGUUUGCGAUAUCACAGAAGAUCUUUUAAUAAAACCAACAUUUUCUUGCGUUAAAUGCAAUAAACGUAAUAUUCCAGACUGUUACUCGAAUGGAUAUAAUGAGACUCAUGUAUGGUUCCCUUUUAAAGCUUUAGAAUUACAAUGUGUAGCAACAACAAAAAAUGUUUUAAAUACAGCUUCAUGCCACACUUUUCAUUUACCUCCUGGUAACAUAGCAGUUAUACCGCCAAAAUGUGGAUUAGAUAUUUAUGGAAAACCAAUUACAUGUGGAACGGAUUUUAAUAAAUAAGAAAGUCAAUAAUGUAUUCCAUUCUAUACUUCUUUAUAAAUAUAACACAAAACAUAAUAAAUUACAAAACAUUGCUAUAA